AUGGGUCUUGUUGUUGGAUCUUUACCUAAACCGAAAUCAAGAGAGACUUUGGAAGUAGAAAAAUCGGUAAGGGACUUCUACAGUAACGAUGAGACCAGUCAAAUUUCAAAUGUCCACGCGGUUGUGCCAAUUGAAAAAGGUGGAAGUGAGACAACACCCGUUCGCUUUAUGCUGCAUACUAUUCGAGAAGCAUAUGAUGAGAGCAAAAAUUUAAGCAUAAAUAUGACCAGCGUAAAUAAGAAUAGUGCUGCAUAUCAAAAAGCCAAUUUCCCCGAGAGAUAUGCUUUAUAUAUGGAAAGGAGCAAGUUGCGCUGUGCAAAAAAUAGAAAAAUUAAAAAAGAAAAUCCAAAGGAAUAUGCUUUAUAUCGGGAAAGGGACAACUUGCGCUGUGCAAAAGCAAGAAAAAUUCUAAAAGAAAAUCCAAAGGAAUAUGCUUUAAAACUGGAAAGGGACAACUUGCGCAAAAGAAAUCUAUAUAAUAAUACGAAAGCAAAUAAUCCCAAGAAACAUGCUGAACAAUUGAAAAAGAAGAACUUGAGGCAAGCGAAGUCAAAUAAGAAAAAAAAAGCCAUCCUAAAUGCCAACCCCGAAUUACUUGACCAGUUUAUGAAGAGUCAAAAUGAAAAAACGAAAAUAUAUUAUGGGAAACGCAAAGAGUUGUUUGCAGCCGACCCCAAGAAACAUGCUGAAUUUAAAAAGUACAACCGCGAAAGAGCUAGUUGGAGAAAAGAAUGCUUAAAGAAAAGAAACGUAUCAAUAAGACCGCUCAAAAAUAUAGAAGAAAUAGGAGAAACAGAAUUCGAAAAGUAUUGGAAUGCUCUCCCUGAAGAUGACGAAAAGAAAAAAGCACUCUUUGCCGGAUUUGCUAAAAGACUUGGUCUUGUUGUUGGUACUUUAAGUAUGCGGAAAUCAAAAAAGAUUUUGGAAAAAGAAAAAUUGGUAAGGGACUACUACAUUAACGAUAACAUCAGUCAAAUUUCAACUAAUAUUGUGCUGAAAGAUGGAACAUACGUUCGCUAUAUGCUGUAUACUAUACACGAAGCAUAUGAUAAAUUUAAUGUAGAUUUCCCUGACCAAAAAAUCAGCCAUAAAAAAUUUGCAAAAUUGAGACCACAUUUUGUUAAAUUAAAAAGCCAAAUUCCACACCGCACAUGUCUUUGCAGUAUCCAUGAAAAUAUGGGAUUUGCACUGAAAGCAUUAGCUCUUGCCGAUCCUACAUUCAAAGAUGUAGCUAUUGGAUGUAACAUGCACAGUAACUUUAUUUGCGAUGGUGACAAAAAAGUAUGCUUUUCAAAAAAAUGUCACUUAUGUAAACAAUCACCAGCGUUCUUCGAAAAGUUCGAAGAAAACGAAGUCAAUGCCUCAAAAUCGGUGACAUGGGAGCAAUGGGUGAUUGAUAGAACAGCUUUUGAACACGUAAAAAGAGUUAAGAAGACCGGCACUGUACCUGACCUGCUCAAGCAUAUUGAAGAAAUGAAGGUCAAAUUCUUACUUCAUGUGCUUGUUAAGCGAAACCAGGCAGCGUGUCUCGAGUCAUAUCGCAAGCAAGCAAAAUCUGAGGAUGCAACAACAGCUGUCCUUCAAGUGGAUUGGUCUAAAAACUACCAGUGCUUCUGCCAGAAUGAAAUUCAUGAUGUUUAUUGGGACAGAGACAAAAAGGAAGUUUCAAUUUUUACUGCCAUGAUGUGGCAUCGUGGAAAGCAAUCAAUGGCUGGCGCUUUGAAUUCGAAGGACAAAACGAAAAAGACGAUUAUUCCUUGUCUCGACAAAUUGUUCAAUGAAGAGAUCCCCACUACAGCCACAACCGUCCAUAUCUUCUCAGAUAAUGCUCUAGGCCAGUUCAAAAACAAAUACACCAUGGCUUUACUUCCAGCAUUACAGAAAAAACAUCAAAAGAAGAUUAUAUGGCAUUAUCUCGCUGCACAGCACGGCAAAAGCGCUGCCGAUGGAAUUGGUGGAGGCCUUAAGCUUGCUGCUAGCAAUAGAUCCAAGGGAGUCGCCCUGAAGCUGAUCGUCGACGAGUCCGAGAUCGACAAAAUAAAUGCAGAAAUUGGAUUGGAGGAUAUUUGCAGCAACAAUCCAUUGCAAAUUAAAAACUUUCUAAAAUAUCACUGCUUCAAAGUCGGCUUUAAAGGAGUCGAAUAUCAAAAAUUGUCUUCUUUUGAUCAAGAAGAACAAGAUGACGUUCUGAUGGAUGAUGAAGAAGAAGAUGAUAUUUUGAUUGGUGAAGAUCAAGAAGAACAAUAUGACGUUCUGAUGGAUGAUGAAGAAGACGACAAUUUUGAAGGUGUUUUGGUAAAUUUCCAUCAAGCUACGCAACUUGGACAUUGGAAGUACCAGUGUUAAAAAUC